GAUUGUAGGGCAGGCCAAUGCAGAGCUUAAUAUUACUCUACCAGAAGAGGUGACAGUUAAAGGAUUUGAACCUCUAAUUCAGUUUGCCUACACUGCUAAACUGAUUUUAAAUAAAGACAAUGUGGAUGAAGUGUGCAAGUGUGUGGAAUUUUUAAGUGUACAUAAUAUUGAGGAAUCUUGCUUUCAGUUUCUCAAAUUUAAGUUUUUGGACUCCACUGCAGACCAGCAGGAAUGCCCAAGAAAAAAAUGCUUCUCCUCACACUGUCAGAAAACAGACCUUAAGUUUUCACUUUUGGACCAGAGGGAUCUAGAAAUUGAUGAAGUGGAGGAGUUUCUGGAAAAUAAAAAUGUUCAGACUCCUCAAUUGUUAGCAGAAAAGCCUUUGUCAGGUCCAGAUGUUGCAGAAGAGAAAACGUUUGGUGAAAGUCAAGAUUUACAUUUGAAAUCUGACUCGGGCCCCAGAGAAGAUAGUAGCCUUGCAUCUAGCGAUCGGAGUAGUGUGGAACGAGAAGUGGCAGAACACCUAGCAAAAGGCUUCUGGAGUGACAUUUGCAGCACAGACUCUCCUUGCCAAAUGCAGCUGUCACCUGCUGUGGCCAAAGAUGGCUCUGAACAGAUCUACUCACAGAAGGGGUCUGAGUGUCCCUGGUUCGGUAUCAGGAUCAAGAGCCCAGAACCAGGUCAGAGGACUUUUACGACAUUAAGUUCUGUCAACUGCCCUUUCAUAAGUACUCUGAGUACUGAAGGCUGUUCAAGCAAUUUGGAAAUUGGAAACGAUGAUUAUGUUUCAGAACCCCAGCAAGAACCUUGUCCAUAUGCUUGUGUGAUUAGCUUGGGAGAUGACUCUGAGACAGACACAGAAGGAGACAGUGAAUCAUGUUCAGCCAGAGAACAAGAAUGUGAGGUAAAACUGCCAUUUAAUGCCCAACGAAUAAUUUCACUUUCUAGAAAUGAUUUUCAAUCUUUGUUGAAAAUGCAUAAGCUGACUCCAGAACAACUGGAUUGUAUCCAUGAUAUUCGAAGAAGAAGUAAAAACAGAAUUGCUGCGCAGCGCUGUCGCAAGAGAAAACUUGAUUGUAUCCAGAAUCUUGAAUCAGAAAUUGAGAAACUGCAAAAUGAAAAGGAAAACUUGUUGAAGGAAAGAGAUCACAUUUUGUCAACUCUGGGUGAGACAAAGCAGAACCUAACUGGACUUUGCCAGCAAGUCUGUAAAGAAGCAGCUCUAAGUCAAGAACAAAUACAGAUACUUGCCAAGUACUCAGCCGCAGAUUGCCCACUUUCCUUUUUAAUUGCUGAAAAAGGAAAAACUACUCCUGAUGGUGAGCUUGCAUUAUCAUCAAUUUUUAAUUCAUCUGACGGGCCUCCCAGUGCAAGAGGAAACAGUGAGUGCAGCUAUGUGCGGGGGCAGGAAUCACAGCAGACCCCCACAGCCGCCUCUGAGCAAGGUGGACUUGUGGAACAGUGUCGUCAGAGUGGCGGGAUCUCAGAUUUCUGUCAGCAGAUGACCGAUAAGUGUACUACUGAUGAGUAAACGUGCAUUCACUUCUUCAAGCCACCUAAUUCUCUUCUGAAGUUUUGGCAGUCUUGAAAGCCUAAUACAGCCAUCUGUUGCUUAACAAUAUUGUUUUUUCCCUGUUAGUUUGCUCUUAAAGGAAUUUCUCUUAAGUCAACCCUAAUUUUUCCUUGAGUCCACAAGAGACACAGAAGUGAUUUGCCUCCUGGAUACUGAAAAAUCACAUGCGAAAAUGUAGUAAGACUUUAAAACUCAGGUUUUAAAGACUAAUAACUAUUGGUAAUAACUCUUUCCAGUAUUCAAAGUAAAUAUGAGAGUAAAAACUGCAGCGUACCGAACAGUAGUUUAACAGCUUGAAAUAUCUGCAGAUAGUUCCUACUAAAUAAGUGGCCUGCAGGAGUUUAAUAAUCUGACCUUGUUGUAAUAUACUGGUUUAAAAGAAAAUUUCUCCCCAAGCAAUGCUAAUAGUUUUAUUCUACGCAGAAGUAGGGUGUCAGCUACUUGGAAUAUUUGUGUAG